AUGGAAAUUAGUGAUGAUGAUUUUGUGCACAGUGUUUCAAAGAGGAGGAAAAGUAACUCCUCGAAGAAGAAGGGAGAACAGAGUCGUAAAGUAGAGAACAGUGGCAUGGAAGGAGACGGAGAAGGAUAUAUGGAUGGGAUUAUUGAGGAAGAAGUUGAGGGGAAUGAAUUUAGUUUUGAUUUUUUUGGAGUAGUAGAAGAGAUGCGUAAAAGAAAGAAGAAUAAGAAGAAAGAGGAUAGACCCAUAUUAAUGUGGGCAGUAUUGGAACAAGAGAAUGAGCGAUGGGUUGCAGAAAAUUUGGCAAAAGACAUUGAUUUGAGCAAUCAGAAUGACAUGGUAGAUGAAACUGUUGAUCCUCCAUCUGACUUGAUAAUGCCGCUGCUGAGGUUUCCUAUAAUUAAAGGAACACUUGUUAUAUGUCCUCUGGUAGCUGUGCUGCAAUGGGUAAGUGAGAUUGACCAUUUCACUUCGAAAGGAAGCAUGAAGUUGAAAAUUCACUUGAAAUAUUUUUGUGGACCUCGUGCUGAAAGGACUGAUAAGCAGUCAAAGCAGAAGAGGAAGGAUUAUAAACAGAAGAAAACAUCUGACUCUGUGGUUGAAACUAAGAAGAGAACAAUUGUGGAUGGUUUAUGGGUAAACAUGCUUUUGAGAUUAAUGCUCUUGGUGGUGUUUGUAUGUAUGUCUGGAAAUUCUAGGUGCGGACCUGUGAACUGUAAUGUGGCUUGUGAAAUCAUCUUAAUUUGA